AUGAGCCUAGUUUAUUGGUUUCUUAUUCCUCAUACAGAUGUCAUUGCUUCAACAAACCUUAUAGUGCUGCUGGAAGAUGAGGUCUUUGCUGAUUUUUUCAACACAUUUCUGUCUCUCCCAGUCUUUGGUCAAAUGCCAAUUUAUAUAGUUCAUGAUUUACAAUGGAUUCUAUGGCCAGAGUUACCCUAUACUUUGACUGCCAAGUACAAAGGCUUAUUGACAUGGUUGGAAAAAUACAGAUUACCUUAUUUCUGCAAGACCAACUUAUGUCACCAUUAUAUGCUCUGUAAGGAACUCCUCAGUUUCAUCAAAUCCCCAGAGGGUGCCAACAUGAUGAGAUGGAAGACAGCAGACCAGUGGCUGCUCUACAAAUGUGUUGGCAGCGUCCGGGGAAUGUGGCGCUUCUGUGCCUACCUCAGUGGCACAGCAGGGGAGGAGCUGGUGGAGUUCUGGAUAAUUGCUGAGAGAAUCCUCGGGAUAGAUGAGACCAAUGAUAAGCAGAAGGAUGCCUACCUGUCCCUCCUCCUGGUGCUGAAGGCCACUCACUUGCAGGAAGGGUCCUCUGUGUUGAUUCUUUGCAAUACGAACAUCAAGUCACUGAUGAACCUCUCCGUGUGGCAUCCCAACCAGUCCGCUACCAGGAGGGAGAUCCUGAGCCGCAUGCAGAAAGUGGCUCUGUUCAAAAUUCAGAGCUAUUGGCUCCCGAACUUCUACAUGCACUGCAAGAUCAAUAUGGCCAAGGAGGAGAAGUGCCAGGCUCUGCUGCAGGAGUAUGAAGACCGCCUCUGUCAGGGGGAUGAGGAGGGUACUGACUCUUUGCCAAGUGACCUCCCCCUUGAUAUGAACAUCAGGAGACUUUAUGUGACCCGGAAGCCAUACUGCAGCAAGAAAACCAAGAGGAAGAUGUGGCGAUUCAUUGAGCAGGGCACGUGGACUGUUGAACCUGAACUGCCCGUCCUACACACUUUGCCUCCCCAAAAGAGCAAGUUGCUUGACAAAGGAUUUCAAGGCUUCCCUGAUGUCUUCUGCCCUCCACCAAAACUUGUUGUGCGGAUGGGUGCCUUGAGACCACUGCAUGUGAAAGACAGUCUGUGUGACUUAAAGGUAAAGGAGAGCAUGAGUUCCUUAACCUUCAACUCCAAGGCAAAUGAUGAAAAAACUUAUCUGCCCUUUUCCCUAGAAGAAAUCUGUGAGAAGAAAUUCACGGCCAAAUUGCGUCAUGCCACCCCUGUCAUCAACCAAUCCUCCCUGAUGUCCCUAAAGAAGGUGGUUCGGAAAAGUUAUUCCUUUGAAUAUCUCCACUGGGCUUUCACUGCUGAUUCCUGUGCAGGGAACCCUUUUGGAGACUACCUUAAGAGUAAACACUACAAGAUGGAGAACCGCCUCCUACAUCUCUGGAAGGAUCUGGACAACUUCCUGACCAUUUGUAUCAGUGCCAAGAAAGGUGGCAAUCUGCUACUUCGGCAUACUCUUGGAAAUCGCAUCUGUGAGCUCUACCUAAAUGAGGACAAUGGCCCCAUCCUGCCGCUCAAACCUCAAACCAUUCGGCAUCUGAAAGAGCUGCUGCCCUCUGGGGAUGUGAUUCCCUGGAUCCCCAAAGCACAGAAAGAGAUAUGCAAGAUUCUUGCUUCCUUGUUUGAUGACUUCCUUGACCUUGAUGACCACUGGUUUCUCAUCUUUGUGUCUCAAACCAGUAACAGUGAAAGCAAGAGGCAGAAAGCAAAGGAACCUUUGGACAACCUGGAGUACGUUCUGUUGUGUAAGAGAAUACAAGAAUCCCUGGGGCUGUGCCUGGGCUUGUCCACCCUGGAAGACAUGGAAGCCCUCAUGGACAAGCACUGGAAAAUGAUAGCUACGCAAGAUAUGAAAAGAGGAGGAUCUCUCCAUUUGGAAUUACAGCCUUCGGUGUUCAGGGAAGACACAAGGAAAAUGAGCUUUGAAGAACUGUGCAGGCAGUACCCAAAGCUGGCCAUAGAAAGAAUAAGUGAAGACUUUAGGAAGUAUUAUGAAAAGAAACCCAUAAUUGCAGGAAAGCCAGUGGAAACAGCUAAGAAGUCACCCUCUCAUUUUCAAUUUCCAAGUACCCUAGCCUUCCUCAAGAAGGGAAGCUAUGUUUUAAGGAAACCCUCACUAAGACCCAGGAAUAUCACAGAAAUCCUCCAACACCCUGUCCAUUUGGAUUACUUCAAGGAAUUCCUUAGAAUAAAUAAGGCUGAGAAUCUACUGAAUUUCAUCCUUGCCAUGCAGAGGGCCAUUAAUGAAUCCAAUGAUAGAUUACAGAAAAUUCUCAUUGAUGCCAUCAUCAAGACUUUCUUCCAUAACAAAAUUAAUGUUGAGGAUAUCCUACAGUGUACUUCCCCUAUCCUCAAAGAAAUUUCUCUCAUGCGCCGUGUUCCUUUAGCAAUGUUGAUACAGGCCCAGAACCAAGUCCUGAAAUACCUAGAAGAAAAAUGGUUCAAAACUUACCAAGAUAUGUUCCCGCCUCGUCUUCAAAUUCAAAUUUCAGACCCUGAGAUACGACAAAGGCAACUAAAAAGGGAAACAAAGAUGAUUCGCUUACAGCUCAAGAAGACAAAAGCAUGGAUCUACUUGAUUGCCAUCAUCAAGAGCUUCUGCAAAUUUCAAAGGGAAAUGAAGAAACCAGAAGGCCGCCUCCAUUUUGAGGAAUUUCUACUUAAGGAAAUGAAUAAUUCUAAGGAAAAUAUAGUUGCAUCAGGGUCAUUCAGAUAUACAACCACAACCACAACCACAAGCACCUGUGUCCUCCAAAAGUCGGGCUUAGAUAUUGACAUGGAAGAUUUUGUACUUGUAAAGCGCCGUAUAUUUGGCCAUAAGAUAAUCAUCAUCAACUUUCUGGUCAAUGACUUAAGUUAUUUUAUUGAAAUAGAAAAAUUCAAUGACCUGGUUGCUUCAGCCUUAGUACUGCAAGUUAACAAGAUCUUCAAUGAAAAUGAUGUUGCACUGAUGAAAGCCAAAGCAAAUAUUAUCUACAAGCUCUUCCUUGCGUCUGAAAUUCCUCCCAAACUACGGGUGAAUAUUUCUGAAAACAUGAAGGACGCUGUCCACAAUGCAGUUACAGAUGGGCACCUGGAUCGCGCCACCUUCUAUGGAUCUCUCAUGACAAUUUUCCCUAUUAUUAUGUACUUCUGGAAAAAGUACUGUAACUGGAGAGCAAUGCGUGCCUACUUUUGUUAUUUGGGAAUGAAAAGCAAGGACACCUCCUUUGGUGGUACCAUAUCUCCUAAACAGCCUCAGUGGAGUGAGGGGGACCAUGUCAUCCUGAGAUUUUCUCUGUUGAAGGGCAUUGAGUGGCUGCUGCCUCAGCCCCGGGAAGAUGCGGAGAGUCCAGUUAUGUUAUCUUCAUCUAGCAGCGUGUCCCAGAAGAGAAAAGGGACAAGCACCUUCCUGUCAAUAGGAGAACCAGUGAAGGAAGAAGAGAAUUUUAGCAUCAAGCUUGAAAGAGAAGAAAAGAACAAGAAGGGGCUGUUGAUGCCUCUGGAAAUUCAGGUGAGAACUGGGAUGCUUUGGCAUCAGUAA